AAGAAGCACGCUUAGAAGCUGCAGCUAGAUGGUGGGCCAGAAAGCUGUUCCCUUCUCACCAUCCCGACGGUCACUACUCUGCGCACAGUGAUUUCUUCGUAAGAUAUCGAUGUCGGCGUUGUCGAGUUGGGAUGUUUUGCUUGCUGAAGCGAUUAAGAAGGCUCCGGAUCCAUAUGAGCCUUUACCCAUCUCAAAUCGCAAGGAGACUGUUUACGGAUCGACCAUUCCGUUCUUAGUCGCAACCUGGAUCGCGGUCGCCUUUCGAUUGUGGGUGCGGUUCAGAGUUGUUCGAGAACCAGGCUGGGACGACUUAUUAGUGCUUCUAGCAGCAGUUUUGAACACUGCAGCCACAAUUACUGUCUGCCUUUCAAUUCAAUAUGGAUUUGGACAACAUAUGCUGUAUAUUGAUACAGAUAAGAUUGAGACCUACCUCUUGACUUUUUAUAUCGAACACAAUAUCUACCUCACCGAGACUGCGAUCAUCAAAGUGUCGCUGCUACUACAAUAUCUCCGCAUAUUCAAGGCUGGACGCAUGAGAUGGCUUUGCUUGAGCCUAUUGGUCAUUGUUAGCCUUUGGGGUUUGGCUUUCAGUAUCGUGGGCUGGUUCUCCUGCACUCCUGUCAGUGCUUACUGGCGUCGCUCAGCUGGGGCGAAGUGCUAUGGCUUCGGUUUCGACGACCGCGAAAGCUUCAUAGCCAUGUUCCAGGCUCACUCCGCCACAAAUAUGUUCUUCGACCUUAUCAUCUUUGCGACGCCCCUGGUGCUGUUUCGCACACCAAAUCUCAAGUUCGAGAACGUGUUGGCCCUAGCUAGCAUGUUUACAUUUGGAGCAGUGGUUGUUAUGAUAUCGGUAUGGCGUUUGCAGUCCAUCGUAUACCAUAGUGCCGGUCUGUCGCCCUACCCUGAUUUCACCUGGUGGACGCCGAUCAGCAUUAUCCUAUCCUGUCUCGAGAUCGACUUGGCUAUCAUAUGCGCAUCGAUACCUAUCUUCUGGCCCGUCAUCCAAAAGUCGUUCUCCGCCAUUUUCGUCAGCCACGAGAUCGAGGUAGUUGAGACUCGAGUAGACGACCACGGAUUAGCUUACGAACUGGAACACAUGAAGACUAGAGGGCAUCACAGCUUGAACAGUAGCAGCGGAACUUCAACACAUGAGCUGACCAAUGAAAUGGAAGAUGGCUACAAGGAGUCGUAUUCUGUUGGUAUUGACCCUCUCAGCAUCGAAGCGCAGAGUGGUCGAGGUUUGCAUACCAACAUCAACAGUGAGCCGAAAAAGAAGUGGGAAAUCUAG